CAAAAAUAAGAUACCAAGAAACUUAUGGACAUUGUGUCAAACUAAUAAUGUCUAAAAUAAGUACAAUAAAAUCUUUCUUUCACCCCCAUCUUCAUUUCUAAACCUUCACAUUCAACAAAAUCUUGAAGAGAGAGGAAUAUGGAUUCAGGACUAUCUUGGGCUGAUCAAUGGGAUUACAACUCUGAUCCUCCUCCCAAUUCAUCUAAAGACGAUGAUAAGAAGAAGAAAAAGAAGGAAGACGCAAGCAAAAGCAGUUUGGGAAAGGCCUUCAAAUGGGUGAAAGAACUUCGCAAGAAAUCUGAUAAGUAAUCAUAUAUAGGGUUUAUUGUAUUAGUUCAUUUAUUUCGUGUGAUUAAAUCCAUUAAGCGUUGUUUUCUCUUUUACCCAUUCUUCUAAUUACAAUUGCCAAAUCUUUUAACAUUUUAAAAGUUAUGUUUGUUGUGGAUUAUUGUGUUUCUUUCGUUCUUUAUCAAACAUGAUGAUUUGCAUAAACAAUCCAAAUUGCAUGAGAGUUUAUCUGAUAACAAUGAAGAUUCUUUUAAUCCUA